GGAGGGAGCUGCGGCGGCCCGCGGGCGCAGGAGGGUCAGUUGGGACGAGGCGACGGCGGAACCAGCGUCGCGUGCGCGCCCCGUGGAGACCGCCAUGUCCGCGGGCAAGGGCGGCGCCGGCUCGUCCUCGUCGUCGUGCUGCCACGCCAGCAAGCGCGGCACCUGCGUCACCGUGUCGUCCAUGGCCUUCGUCAUCGGCCUGCUGCUGCUCGCCUUCUACGCCUUCGGCGACGACACCACGCUGCAGGUGGUGUGCGUGGUGUUCCGGCACGGAGAUCGAACCCCCACGGAGACGUACCCGACGGACCCCUACAAGAACAAGAACUGGCAAGACGGAUGGGGCAUGCUCACGGCGGAGGGCAAGCGGCAGAUGUACACUCUGGGCAAGUACCUGCGGCAGCGCUACGACACGUUCGUGAGCCGCCUGUACUCGCCGGGGGAGACGUGGAUGGAGAGCAGCGCCAACGACCGCUGCCUGAUGAGCGCGCAGGUGUUGCUGGCGGGGCUGUACCCGCCCACCGGCCACCAGGUGUGGAACGACGAGCUGCCGUGGCAGCCCAUCCCGGUGCACUCCACGCCGCGCGCCCUCGACAAGUUGAUAGUAAUGAAGAAGCCGUGCCCCAGAUACGAGUGGGAGAAGACUAAAGCCUACCAGACGCGAGAGAUCAAGCAAAUCGAUGAAGAAAACGCAGAUCUGUACUCGUAUCUGACGCAGAAUACGGGGAAAAACAUCAGCACUAUACUUGAUGUGGAACUGUUAUUCAACACCCUUGAAAUUGAGGAAAAGAACGGACUCGCCUUACCUGAAUGGACUAAGUCAGUGUACCCAGACAGAAUGAAGACACUAGCUGCAAAGAGUCUCGCUAUCUUCACGCAUACUCCAGAAAUGAAGAAGUUAUACGGGGGUCCGCUGGUGAAGCUCAUCACCCAGCAGCUGUCGAGCAAGCGCAGCACCGCCCUGGCGACGGCGGCAGGGGCCCCCGGCCGCAAGCUGUUCCUGUACUCGGCGCACGACGUCACCCUCGUCAGCGCGUGGCGCACCCUGGGCUUCGCGGAGCUGCUCAAGCCGGACUACGGCGCCGCGCUCAUGUUCGAGAUGCACAUCGUCGAGUCCAAGAGGUUCGAGGUCAAGCUGUUCUACUUGAACAACACGUGGCUGCAGAGACCGCGGCAGCUGGAGGUGCCCAACUGUGGAAAGCCCUGCUCGCUGGACAAGUUCGUGGACCUGAUGACGCCGGUGCUACCUGACGACUGGGAGACGGAGUGCCAGAUGUGAGAACCGCGUCAUCGUCGGGACGGCCAGAAGGGAGAUCUGCGGUACCAGCGUAGCCACGCCAAGUCGAGACCGGCGGCAAACAAGUUCCACCCUGUUCGGGAACAAACGAUGUUAUUCAGCUGAGAGAAAUUUGCCAGAAGUCAUGGAGAGGUUUUGAAGUAUACACAUCUUGCAGUCCCAUAGUCAGGAUUUCAUUUUGUGAGUGGUUCGAUAAUGCUAAUCCUCCUCCCACCUCGGUCUAUAGCAAAAAUUACAGUUUUGACUUUUGUUUUUAGUACUUUUGCGAAGUCUUUAAAACACACAUAUCAUUAAUUAUGUGUUCAACUAGUGUGUAACUUUUUAACUAUAUAACUUGUUAGUAUUUUUUUUAUAUAUAUUUUGGGCAACAUCUGAAUAUAUUCGCCCUGGCUAUGGCUUGUGUUGGCCCAACAAUGGCACACUAGCUGAUUAUGACCACCUCAAGUUUAAGAAUUGUACUGGUGCCAGAAACAAGUGCCCUUUUUCAAGGUUAGUUCAAAUGGUUGUAACUCACCACUGUCGAGCGUAUGGACUGUUUAUGCUGUGAUGGUAACCAAACAAUAAAUAACUGUAAUAAAAGGUGUGAAACCUGUGUAGAAUAGUACCUACGUAAUUUGUUAGCACAAGCUUUUUUUAUCUUCAAUCAAGGUGGCUUCAUUAGGUACCUUCGUGUAAUAGAUUUGCUUGCUGCCAGUUUCCCUUGGAAGCUUAUACAAACAUGUAUCACUUAGAGGCGAGGUUCGCCAAAACAGUCAGUGUUUUAAGGGCAAUUUUUAGUUUGUUAGGGGUGGAAACUGGUUUUGGAAGUUUUAUGUGACCAUACACUUGCAUAUAAAAGAAUUAACUAUUUUAAACCAUCAACACUGCUGAAAAUACAAACUUUUUAAAUAAUCUCAUAAUGUUUGCUAACAUUGUGAAUGUUUAUGUAAUUAGAAGCAUGUUAAUUAAAAUGACAUUUAGCUCAAAA